AUGGCAUCAAAAGGUUGUACUGCUGGUGAUGGUACUGGGGUUGGUGGAAGUGAAUGUGGUGCUACUGGAAGUAAUGUUGUUCAUGUGGAUGAGGAAAGAUCCAGAAAGAAUAAAAAUGCAACUCGAGUGAGGCGUGAUGUGGGGUGGACACAUGGUGUUUCCGUGGACGGGGAUUCAAGAAAAAUCAAAUGUAAGUAUUGUGAGAAAGAGAUCACAGGUGGGGUUUAUCGAUUUAAGCACCAUUUGGCUGGAAUAAAGAAGGAUGUUGUACCUUGCAUUUUUGUCCCUGAUGAUGUCAAGAAGCAGAUGUGGGACGUUGUCACUUCAAAGAAAGAAAAAUCAAUUCAGAAGGCAAACCCGAGAGGAUCAAAAGGAGAUGAUGUAUCUCGAGAUGCUGCUGGGAAGAGGAAAAUGCAUGAAGAACAGAAUCCUUCAGAUCUAUUCAACAAGAUAGGUGUAAGCUCUCAGGAUACUAUCGAUUCUAUUUCCGAGACUAGUCUGAGGGAGGAGGCGUGCCUUGCAAUUUCUUCUUUUUUAUACAACAAUGCCAUUCCUUUCAACGUGGUAAAAAGUGAAGAGUUUCACAAGAUGUGUGAAUUGAUUGCUGAAAAUGGUAUAGGAUUCAAGCCACCUUCCUGCCAUGAAGUUAGUGUGAAGUAUUUGAAGCAAAAGCUUGAGAUAACCAAGCAAGUUGUGGAGAAACAUAGAGCUGUAUGGAAGAAAUCAGGAUGCACUAUCAUAGCAGAUGAAUGGACAGACAAGAAAAAAGUUAUACUAAACUUUUUUGUAAAUAGUCCCAUGGGGACUGUUUUUCUAAAGUCCAUUGACGCAUCUAUCAUCACUAAAACGACAGAUCAAUUUUUCAAGAUGAUAGAUGAUGUUGUUGAAGAAGUUGGUGAAAAACACGUUGUCCAAGUUAUCACACACAGUUCUGCAAAUUAUAAAGCAGUUGGAGAGUUGUUGAUGGAGAAAAGGAAAAAUCUUUAUUGGACACCUUGUGCAGCACAUUGCAUUGAUUUAAUUUUGGAGGAUUUUGAGAAGAAGUUACCCCUUCAUCAGGAAACCAUUGGAACUGGUAAAAAAGUUACAACUUAUAUUUAUUCCAGUAGUACUUUGAUUUCCUUACUGCAUCAUUUUACUAAUGGAAAGGACCUUGUUAGACCUGCUAUCACUCGUUUUGCUGCUUCAUACUUAACUUUGCAAUGCUUGAAUGAAAAUAAGGAAGCAUUAAUGAGAAUGUUUACAUCAGAACAAUGGAAAUCUAGUCAAGUUGCAAAAACCAAAGAGGGAAAGCAUAUUGAAAAUUUGGUGAUUGACAAGGAGUUUUGGAAAAAUAUUUUGAAUUGCUUGAAGGGUGCUUAUCCCUUAAUUCAAGUGUUGCAAUUGGUAGAUUUAGAUGAUAAACCUGCUAUGGGAUUUGUUUACGAAGAAAUGGAUCAAGCUAAAGAGAGGAUAGAAAAAGCGUUCGGAGGUGUAAAGAAAUGUUAUAUGCCUUUAUGGGAGAUCAUUGAUGAAUGGUGGGACAACCAGUUACAUAGACCUUUGCAUGCUGCAGGCUACUACUUGAACCCGAUUUUGCAUUAUAGUUCUAAUUUUAAGGUUGAUGUUGAAGUUAAACAUGGACUUUAUGAAUGUCUAGAAAGGCUAGGUGGAGACCUUCAUCUAGUAAAUAAGAUUGAUGGCCAACUUGAGGAUUUCAAAAGCAGAUCAGGAUAUUUUGGUAGUAGAGUAGCUGAACUUGGUCUUACAAAUAAAACUCCAAUACAAUGGUGGGAAUCUUACGGUGAUGAAUAUCCUGAAUUGCAAAAAUUUGCAAUUCGUAUAUUAAGUUUGACUUGUAGUUCAUCUAGUUGCGAGCGUAAUUGGAGUGUCUUUGAAAAGGUCCAUGUAAAGAAAAGAAAUCAUCUUAAGCAAAAGGCAAUAAAUGAUGCAGUAUUUGUUAUGGCAAAUUCAAGAUUGUGCGCGAAGAAAUCUAAGAAAGAAGUCUUUAACAUUGAAGAUAUUCCUUCAGAUGAUGACUGGAUAGUAGAAAAUAAUCAAAACUUAGAUUUGGAGAUGGACAUUCUAGCUAAAGGAAAUUUGAUUCAAGUUGGAGAAGAUGAUAAUGCUGGUAGUGCUAAUGGUGGUGCACCGCUGCAGGAUGAUUUUGAAGUUCCUGAUGUCGCGGAUGAUGAAAUUUGUGAUGGUGAAGAUGCCACCAAUGAAGAUGAAACGGAGGAUGAUUAUGAAAAUUGA